AUGGCGUCAGUCCCACAGAGGACGCUGAACUGGCUGUACAGCGUUCUGAUCAGGGAUCACUACGACCCCAAGCAAACAUAUCAGGACCCCAACCGGACUUACUACGACGUAGCAAAUGUCCUGGCCAAAUUUCCCACACUUGCCCCUGAAACCGCAGUCUACACCUACGAGAACGGAUUCUCUGCGUUGCUCCUGCAACUCUCGGGCACAUUACCCGUCACUUUUCGCGGGACAGUGUACAAAUUCCCUAUCGCGUUAUGGAUUCCCAACACAUACCCUCGUGAACCUCCCAUCGUCUACGUGAAACCCACUCAGGAUAUGGUCGUUCGGGUAGGCCAGCAUGUGACCUUGGAAGGGAGGGUUUACCACCAUUAUCUGGCGCAUUGGGGCGGGGCUUGGGAGCGCUCUUCCCUCCUUGACCUUCUGUCGAUUCUUCAAGACGUAUUCGCGAAAGAACCUCCCGUCAAGUACAAACAACAGCAUCCUGUACCGCAACAAGCGCAACCUGUUCAGACACCUCCCCCUCGUCCCCCAUUACCCCCGGAACUCUCCAAUACAUUUAGCUACACACCUUCACCUCAGUUAUCCUCACUUCGCCCUCCUCAGCCCGCAUCGCGGACUCCUCCACCACCUCCUCCCAAGCCUGGCCAGUUAUCGAGCCCUACAGGGCUGCAGCAACAGAUUGCUCCAGCACAGCACAACACUCCGCCACCGCUACCUCCAUUACCACCGAAGGAGCAGAGUUCUCGACAGCACAUAUCUCCAGCACAAGCCUCUAUAAGCAAUAACAAACCAGAGAUCCUCACUGUUUACCUCAUCAUAUUCCUGGGGGCGCAUAUCCUCCGCCACAACAGCUCCCACAGCAGCGCAACGCCCCCUCAAUUCCAGGGUCCAACACAUGCGGCUCCUCACCCAGCAUAUCACCGACAACCUCCACCAGCUCAAGUGCAUCUCCAAUUACCACAUCACGGACCAACUCAAGCUGCUCCAACCAGCCAACCGCCAGCCCCGCGACCAAAGCCCGAAACCGAAGAUCUACUCACAUCCCCCUUCGAGCUCGAGCUCCCGUCUUUCACACCCACGGGCCCCGCGCCUCCAAUCCCGCCAAACCCUGAAAAAGAUGCCCUUCUCCAGGCCGUCUCCAAAGCUCUCACCGAAACACUUCAUGCAAACAAUGCCCACUCCGAGUCCGCUGCGCACUCUCUAGCAUCCCAGUCCCACUCCCUCCACGCCACCAUUGCAACGCUGCAAGCCGAAAUAUCCUCUCUGAAAAACUUGAACUCAACUCUCGAAUCCAACACCUCAAUCCUCACGCAAUCUCUCCACCGCGCUGACGCCGUCAUUGCAGACGCUCAAUCCCGUGUCUCAACCGCUCAGUCAUCCUCCAGCUCAGAUUCCUCAUCCUCCUCAGGCCUUCCACCCAUCGACGACAUUCUUGUCGCGCCCACAGUCGUUGGCAAACAACUCUACGACCUUGUCGCCGAAGAACGCGGCAUUCAACAAGCUCUCUAUGCUCUCCAGGCUGCCCUCGUUAAAGGUGUUAUCGGCGUCGAUACUUGGUCUCGUCAUACACGCGGUCUAGCACGCGAGGCUUUCUUGAAGCGUGCCCUGAUCCGGAAGAUAGGCAAGGCGCGAGAAAAUAGCCCUGUCAUCUGCCUCGACAAGUUCACUUUAGACUACGGAACAGUGUAUAACUAA